AUGGGUUUGAUCAGAACUGCUGUUUUGGUAGUUCUUUAUCACCAGUUAGUAUGGCAUGACAAUUCUAACUCUGUCCAACUGCAGGGCACUUUUAGCCAGGAUGACGCUGAGGGAUCCAGUUCUGUGAAUGCCACCUUCAGCCAAGACUCUCCUGAGGGGUCUGGUUCUGUCAACGCCACCUUCAGCCAGGACGAUGCUGAGGGGUCUGGUUCUGUAAACGCCACCUUCAACCAGGACGAUGCUGAGGGGUCUGGUUCUGUCAACGCCACCUUCAGCCAAGACUCUCCUGAGGGGUCUGGUUCUGUCAACGCCACCUUCAGCCAGGACGAUGCUGAGGGGUCUGGUUCUGUCAAUGCCACCUUCAGCCAAGACUAUUCUGAGGGGUCUGGUUUUGUAAACACCACCUUCAGCCAGGGCGAUGCUCAGGGGUCUGGUUCUGUCAAUGCCACCUUCAGCCAAGAUGAUGCUGACGGGUCUGGUUCUGUCAAAGCCACCUUCAGCCGAGACUAUGCUGAGGGGUCUGGUUCUGUCAACGCCACCUUCAGCCAAGACUAUGCUGAGGGGUCUGGUUCUGUGAAUGCCACCUUCAGCCAAGACUCUCCUGAGGGGUCUGGUUCUGUCAAUGCCACCUUCAGCCAAGAUGAUGCUGAGGGGCCUGGUUCUGUCAAUGCCACCUUCAGCCAGGAUUCUCCUGAGGGGUCUGGGUCUGUCAACGCCACCUUCAGCCAAGACUAUGCUGAGGGGUCUGGUUCUGUCAACGCCACCUUCAGCCAGGACUAUGCUGAGGGGUCUGGUUCUGUCAACGCCACCUUCAGCCAGGAUGAUGCUGAGGGGUCUGGUUCUGUCAACGCCACCUUCAGCCAAGACUCUCCUGAGGGGUCUGGUUCUGUCAACGCCACCUUCAGCCAGGACGAUGCUGAGGGGUCUGGUUCUGUCAAUGCCACCUUCAGCCAAGACUAUUCUGAGGGGUCUGGUUUUGUAAACACCACCUUCAGCCAAGAUGAUGCUGAAGGGUCUGGUUCUGUGAAUGCCACCUUCAGCCAAGACUCUCCUGAGGGGUCUGGUUCUGUCAAUGCCACCUUCAGCCAAGAUGAUGCUAAGGGGUCUGGUUCUGUCAAUGCCACCUUCAGCCAGGACGAUGCUGAGGGGUCUGGUUCUGUCAACGCCACCUUCAGCCAAGACUCUCCUGAGGGGUCUGGUUCUGUCAACGUCACCUUCAGCCAGGACGAUGCUGAGGGGUCUGGUUCUGUCAAUGCCACCUUCAGCCAAGACUAUUCUGAGGGGUCUGGUUCUGUCAAUGCCACCUUCAGCCAAGAUGAUGCUGAAGGGUCUGGUUCUGUGAAUGCCACCUUCAGCCAAGACUCUCCUGAGGGGUCUGGUUCUGUCAAUGCCACCUUCAGCCAAGAUGAUGCUGAGGGGUCUGGUUCUGUCAAUGCCACCUUCAGCCAAGAUGAUACUGAGGGGUCUGGUUCUGUCAACGCCACCUUCAGCCAAGACUCUCCUGAGGGGUCUGGUUCUGUCAACGCCACCUUUAGCCAAGACUCUCCUGAGGGGUCUGGUUCUGUCAAUGCCACCUUCAGCCAAGAUGAUGCUGAGGGGUCUGGUUCUGUCAACGCCACCUUUAGCCAAGACUAUGCUGAGGGGUCUGGUUCUGUCAACGCCACCUUUAGCCAAGACUCUCCUGAGGGGUCUGGUUCUGUCAACGCCACCUUCAGCCAAGACUAUGCUGAGGGGUCUGGUUUUGUCAACGCCACCUUCAGCCAGGACUCUCCUGAGGGGUCUGGUUCUGUCAAUGCCACCUUCAGCCAAGAUGAUGCUGAGGGGUCUGGUUCUGUCAAUGCCACCUUCAGCCAAGAUGAUACUGAGGGGUCUGGUUCCAAUGCCACCUUCAGCCAAGAUGAUGCUGAGGGGUCUGGUUCUGUCAACGCCACCUUCAGCCAAGACUAUGCUGAGGGGUCUGGUUCUGUCAACGCCACCUUCAGCCAAGACUCUCCUGAGGGGUCUGGUUCUGUCAACGCCACCUUCAGCCAGGACGAUGCUCAGGGGUCUGGUUCUGUCAAUGCCACCUUCAGCCAAGAUGAUGCUGAGGGGUCUGGUUCUGUCAACGCCACCUUCAGCCAGGACUAUGCUGAGGGGUCUGGUUCUGUCAACGCCACCUUCAGCCAGGACGAUGCUGAGGGGUCUGGUUCUGUCAACGCCACCUUCAGCCAGGACUAUGCUGAGGGGUCUGGUUCUGUCAACGCCACCUUCAGCCAAGACUAUGCUGAGGGGUCUGGUUCUGUCAAUGCCACCUUCAGCCAGGAUUCUCCUGAGGGGUCUGGGUCUGUCAACGCCACCUUCAGCCAAGACUAUGCUGAGGGGUCUGGUUCUGUCAACGCCACCUUCAGCCAGGAUGAUGGGUCUGGUUCUGUCAACGCCACCUUCAGCCAAGACUCUCCUGAGGGGUCUGGUUCUGUCAACGCCACCUUCAGCCAGGACGAUGCUGUGGGGUCUGGUUCUGUCAACGCCACCUUCAGCCAAGACUCUCCUGAGGGGUCUGGUUCUGUCAACGCCACCUUCAGCCAGGACGAUGCUGAGGGGUCUGGUUUUGUAAACACCACCUUCAGCCAGGACGAUGCUCAGGGGUCUGGUUCUGUCAAUGCCACCUUCAGCCAAGAUGAUGCUGAAGGGUCUGGUUUUGUCAACGCCACCUUCAGCCAAGAUGAUGCUGAGGGGUCUGGUUCUGUGAAUGCCACCUUCAGCCAAGACUCUCCUGAGGGGUCUGGUUCUGUCAAUGCCACCUUCAGCCAAGAUGAUGCUGAGGGGUCUGGUUCUGUCAAUGCCACCUUCAGCCAAGAUGAUGCUGAGGGGUCUGGUUCUGUCAACGCCACCUUCAGCCAAGACUCUCCUGAGGGGUCUGGUUCUGUCAAUGCCACCUUCAGCCAAGAUGAUGCUGAGGGGUCUGGUUCUGUCAAUGCCACCUUCAGCCAAGAUGAUACUGAGGGGUCUGGUUCUGUCAACGCCACCUUUAGCCAAGACUCUCCUGAGGGGUCUGGUUCUGUCAAUGCCACCUUCAGCCAAGAUGAUGCUGAGGGGUCUGGUUCUGUCAACGCCACCUUUAGCCAAGACUAUGCUGAGGGGUCUGCCAAGACUAUUCUGAGGGGUCUGGUUUUGUAA